CUCAAGCGGUACUCGAACAUUAGAUGGCAAAUCGAUUAAAGAUAGAGAAAAAGCCUAGACAUUUAAAAUGAUAAACCAUGAAAAAAUACGCCAUUCAUAGAUAAUAAUGUUCCAAUGUUUUUUGUCGCGUCAAGAUUUGUUACCUUGCGGACUGACACGUUUAAUUUCUGUCGUAAAAGCGAGUUGCGCCAAAGCGCGCGUACAUAGUUACAUACCGCGGCCGAAUGGCAGGGUCGAACAUGCGUUUACGUCGAGGCGCCAAAUAUGGCGCGACAAGUCUCUUUUCGAUCCUAUCUUAUUGUCGAAAUAUACCAGAAAAUAUAAUUAUACAAAUUUAUGUCAAUAUUUAUAUUAAUAUAAGGUAUCUACACGAAAUGUCCAUUUUUAAAGAAGUCGUCUAACCUUAGCACAAAACAUAAAGUAGUAUUAGGAAGUAAUGUAAAUGCAAUAUUACAAUAUUGUUAAGUAGACGGUUCAUCAAUUAUAUUUAACCAAUUUGUCCAGUAAUAUUGAUGCAAUAUUAUUCAACAUUGUACGAAUGUUAAAUUAAUAUUAGACAAUAUUGGACAUUAAUUGCAUCCUUUGGAACCAAUAUUUUAUGAUCAAUAUUGUCGUUACAUUGGAAAAACAUUGGUUAAUGUAUUCCUAAUAUGAUCAAUAUUAGUUUACAUACUUCCAAUAUAUUUGUGCUACUACAAAAUUUAUUUUAAUAAUUAAAUUUUUUAUUAUUAUAUUAGAAAAUUUGCUUUUUAAAAUUUAUUGGUAAAUUGUAUGCAUUAUAUUUCAUAAUUGAAAAGUGCGAGAUGCAUAAAUUUGAAUCCGAAUCUUCCGAAAUUAUCUCUCAGUCGGUCUAUACGAGUUUCAUUACUUGAAUAGCAGAGGACACCUACUACUAACUGUUCUGAAUUCAUUAAUUUAUACAUAUGUAUAAUCUCUUUGCUUCUUAUCCUCAGUGGUUAUCACGAUUAUUACCUUUAUUAUCGACACUCGGUUAACGCAUUAAUUUUUAUAAAGAAACAAGAUUUAUUAAUUAUUUUUUAACAACACACACAGCUCGACAUUAAACGUGCAACAUAAAUAACAUGUAUCAUUUCCCGUAGAUUUUUAGUCGCUAGUUUGAAUCCAAAAGCAAAAUUAUUUUAUCCAUACAUUAGGUUUUUUAAAGAAGUGAUGUUAAAAUUUAAAUAUCACAAAUUUUUGCUUUUUUGGCCAUUUUUUUAAUGCCACCGGUGAACCUGUGCUAGAAUCUUCAAGUAGAGAUUUAUUUAAAAUUGAAAUCUUAUGCUUUGAGAUGAUCAUAAUGAAAAUAAUAGUGUUGCACCCUAUCUUGAGUGAUGAUAAACUUUUGCUGCACACGCGCGCUCGUUAUUCCUCACCAUAUGCUGCUUGAGGAAUUUUGCAUCCAAACAAGCCUUUCAACUAUAUCUUUUAUUUAAUAUUAAUUUUUGUUUUACAUUAAAAUGAAUUAAAUUUCUGCAAAGCAUGAUUUUAAUUAAUUAAUUUAUUUAUUAAUACAUUUAAUGCGUGCGUAUUAAUAAUUGUAAACAAAUAAAUCAAAUUUAAUCGAAAACCUACAUCUUUUUUAGAUUCUUUAUAUAAAUUUAUAAAUUUUGAAAUAUCCGAAGUUUAUUAAAAGGGAACUUGGUUGUGUACUCUUGUAAGAAUAAACUCUAAUAAUUCUAAUGAUUUGUCAAAGUAAUUUGAUUUAUCUCUAUUACUAGCAUUCGGUUUGUAUAUUUUUAAACUUACAGACCAUAAAGUUUCACUUGUUAUUUAGAAACUAUUAUGCGAUCAUAUUAUAAUCAAGACAAACUCAACAUUUUUCUAUUUUCGUACCUCGAGAUGCCAGAAAAAUCGAUUGUCAAUCAAACACCUAAUGAUGCCGAGACAUUCGACGUACAGUCGCAUUCGCAGACGUUUGUACAUAUAUAUAUAUGAACGCAUACAUAUUCAUGGACAAAAUCAGAUAAAUGUUAAUUUUGCGCGACGGGGCAAGAAACAUUGCGUCAAAAAUGGAGCGCACGGUCCCGCGGCCAGAUUGAAUUAUGCAUCGAUCGCUCGCGCAAUUUGUGGAAGCAAUCGGCGAUCGUAUCGCCUUGAGAUCGUUUCCUUGAGUUUUCCGCUUUGCCCUACGACGGCCGUGAACAUAAGGAACGCGAAGCAUCCUCUUUGAUGAUCACUUUGUUUCGCUUCGUCUCACCCCGCUUCGUCUCCUGGAGGCCGAGCUGGCCCGGAACACCCGGGCCGCUCGCGAGGCACGCCCGUACGCGCGCAUCACGCGUGAUACGUGAUCGGGGCUUUAAUUGCCGAUUUUAGCGGUGAGAUGGACUACGAGCUUAACUAUGGGUCAGCCUGAUCUUCCAUCUCUCCGUAUAUAUAAACCACCGACGAGCAGGCGACAAGGUUUAGUCAGUUGAUCGUUUCGACCGCGAAUGUAGAUCUCUCGUUGUACGUGUGUCGACAAUGGUGUUCGGUCCCGUCAGGGGGCUAUGACGAUUUUUACGGCGUUGCUUCAGCAUAGUUGAAUCGCAUCAUAUAUAUCAGGAGAGAUGUGGACCUAUCUUGCCUUUCUAGCCGUUAUAUAUGUUAUUUAUGCGUUAAAGAAUUACCUCAGAGUCCUCAGAUUUAUCUUCACGCUCGAUGGACCAAAAACAGUACCCAUUCUUGGCAAUGCAAACACCCUUUUUGAAGGAAAUCUGAUUCAAAGAAUGACAAAUGAGGCACAGAAUUAUGGUCGCAUUUUUCGAAUAUGGCUUACACUUCUGCCAUACGUUGUGCUCGUCGAGCCAAAUGAUAUUCAAAUGGUACUCAGCAGCAUGAAACACACACAGAAAAUAUUUUUUUACAAGCUGCUCGAUAAUUUUCUUGGCAAAGGACUAAUUACGCGAGAUGUCGACAAAUGGAAGAUACAUCGGAGAAUCUUGCAACCGACCUUCCAUCGCCAUGUGUUAGAAAAAUUCAUCGGAACGUUCGGUGAAUGCGCCGAUCGCCUAGUCGACAAGUUGCUUGAGAAGGACGGGGAGGAUAUAAAUGUCACCGUGUUCGUCAACAACUCUGUGUAUGAUAUAUUGAACGAGACGAUUCUGGGCACACCGUCGAAUCAAAAAGGCAACGAGGAUGACACGCCAUUCAGAAAGGGCCAAGUUAUGAUGCCGUAUAGACUUGCGCGACCGUGGUUAUUAAUCGACUGGAUUUACCGAUUGACAGCAGCUGGGAAAUCGGAGGAACAACAGCAAAAGGAUCUGUUCGACUUUUGCUUCAAAAAAAUGGAGGAAAAGUACGAAUUUCUACAAAAAAACGACUCCCUUAUCAUCGAUGACAGCGUGAUUAGAAAAACCUCUCUUCUUGAGCAUAUGAUCGAGAUCAAUGAGAAAAAUCCUCAGUUUACUAAGCGAGAUAUUAUCGAGGAAUGUUGUACCUUUAUGUUGGCCGGCCAAGAUUCGGUCGGCACCGCCACCGCGAUAACGCUUUUUCUUUUGGCAAAUAAUCCUAAAUGGCAGGAGAGAUGCAUCUCGGAAUUAAGUGAAAUCUUUGGCAACGACAGGAGAUCACCAACUAUGCAGGAUCUUAUGAAAAUGAAAUGUUUGGAUAUGUGUAUCAAGGAAGUUUUGAGGUUGUAUCCUAGCGUGCCAGUUUUCGCCAGGACACUUGGGGAGGAUGUGAGACUAGGAGAGUACGUAAUACCGGCCGGUUGUGGCGUAUUUAUAGUGCCAUAUUGCACACAUCGCUUGCCUCGUCAUUUUCCUGAUCCUCACGAUUUCAAACCGGAGCGUUUUAGUCCUGAAAACUCUGAAGGAAGACAUCCGUACGCUUACAUACCGUUUAGCGCAGGACCUCGCAAUUGCAUCGGAUACAAAUUUGCUAUGCUUGAGAUGAAAUCAAUUAUCAGCGCUAUUCUAAGGAAGUGUCGAUUAGAAUCAAUCCUCGGCAAGGAGAAAGUGAUAGCCAAAUUUCGAAUGACAGUCAGAGCACAUGGUGGACUUUGGGUCAAAAUAAAAGCGCGCGAUAAACAAUAUGAAUUGAAACCAAAGAGUAAAGAAUAACAGGAGGGACUUUUUGAUUUCAGCGAUGACGAUGGAUGUCCUAUAUAUAAAAGUGGGUACUCAAAAUGACCGCUCACGCAUCAUGCAUAAACUAUAGACCCCCGCACCCACUUUUGCAUAACGCAUAACGUAUGUACAUAAGCAAAUUGAUUGGUCCAUAAGUAAAGUGCAUAAGAAAUUCAACCAAUCGAAUUUCUUGCAUUUAUGUAAUGCGUUAUGCAAAAGUCUGUGCAACGGCCCUAUCACACAAAAUAACAUAAGCUUCAUAAGCAUAGCAUAAGACCGCUGAACCAAUCAGCUCUCAGCAUAAAGUUGCCAUAUUGAUAUACAUAAGAUGCUUAUUGACCUGGAGCUCUUAUGCUAUUCGUAUGCAGAUUAUUUGUGUGUAGUAACAGCCCUAAAUCCCCACUACUGAUAUGGUCCCUCCUAUUAUUCUUUAUUCUUUGAUUAAAACAAUUGGAUUAAUGAAGUGUCCUCAAUCUCAUAAACUGCAAAUAGCCAAAUGGAAAUACUCAGUUUUGAUUGAUGCAUUUCUAAAAGAUAGAUGAAAAUGCACCAAUUAGAACAAAGUAUUUCCAUCCAGCAAGCAAUUUUAUACAACAAGCAUCGUGUGCCGCAAAUGUUAGCGCGUUGUUAUCCAAUAGAAGAAUCUGUAUUAUAAAAAACAGAUUUUUCUAUUGAACAACAACGCGCUAACAUUUUUGUGGACGCGGCAAAGUGGUAUCGCGGUGGCCAAUACCGUCUUGCUCUUUUAAUAAUACAUAUAUGUAUUAUCAGAAGAGCAAGACGAUGAUUGGACACCGCGAUACUGCUUUGCCGCGUCUUGUGUGCAGGAGCCAUAAAGAAUAUCACGCGUCGCACGUUGCAAAAUUACGUUGGUCUGCCGGAGUUCUAAGCCAUAAGAAAUGACCAAUCAUAAUUAAAUGAGGAAAAUAAUCAAAUAUAAUUGGUCAAUUCCUUAAGUAGUCUACAAUAAAGAUUUAAGCUUUAAGCCAUAAGAAA